AAGGCCGAGUCGUGUGUCGUAUCGGUUCCCGCAGAACGUCUUACAAAAUGAAGUGGAAACAAAUGAAGAAAACGACUGACUGGUCAUUAACACGACUACUAGAGUCCCGUGUUGUUUAAUUACCCCAAAAUCAUUGAUAAUCCUAGUGUAAACACUUGUGAACAACACGUGAGAGUCCACAGAAAUUCGCCGACAAGACAAAAAAAAUAUAUAUAUAUAAUUUCUCCCCCUCCCGGAAAACGAAAGACGGAGAAACUAAAAAUUCUGAAAAGCUCUACAGUUGUAUGAGAGGAUAAUUUUGCUCCAGAGUUCACGUUCCUGAAAAACGGUAAAAAUGGUGGUCGGCGAAGCGAGCAUUCACAACAUCAUGGGAGGGAUGGAGAGCACAGGGGGUGUGCGACUCCACAAUCACAAAAGAAAGUUGAAGCAAAGAUUCGACAUAAUAAAAAAAUUGGGCCAGGGUACCUACGGCAAGGUUCAGCUAGGAAUAAACAAGGAGACCGGCCAGGAGGUCGCGAUAAAAACAAUAAAAAAAUGUAAAAUAGAAACGGAAGCGGAUCUCAUUCGAAUACGCCGUGAAAUUCAGAUAAUGUCAAGUGUUCAGCAUCCAAACAUAAUCCACAUUUACGAGGUCUUUGAGAAUCGCGAGAAGAUGGUGCUGGUGAUGGAGUAUGCAGCAGGUGGAGAACUCUACGAUUACUUGAGCGAAAGGAAAGUCCUGGCCGAGGAAGAGGCACGUCGAAUAUUCCGUCAGAUAUCAAUCGCUGUUUUCUACUGCCACAAGCACAAGAUCUGCCACAGAGACUUGAAGCUGGAGAACAUUUUGCUGGAUCAAUCUGGCAAUGCGAAAAUCGCUGACUUUGGUUUGUCGAAUGUAUUCGAUGAUCACAGACUCCUGAAUACCUUCUGCGGGAGCCCCUUAUACGCUAGUCCAGAGAUUGUCAAGGGUACACCUUAUCAUGGUCCUGAAGUGGACUGCUGGAGUCUUGGAGUGCUCUUGUAUACUCUAGUUUACGGUGCAAUGCCCUUCGAUGGUUCUAAUUUUAAAAGACUAACUAGACAGAUCUCAGCGUCCGAUUAUUUCGAGCCCAAGUGUCCUUCGCCAGCCUCACCCCUCAUCAAGGACAUGUUGACGAAGUGCCCAUCGAGAAGAGCAGACAUCGAGAGGAUAUGCUGUCACUGGUGGGUCAAUGAGGGUUACGAUCAGAAUUGCCUAGACAUUGCUGAGGAUUUGGCUGCUCAGACACCUGUUAGACUCGAUCUACUGCUCUCUCUGGUGCCUCAAUCAGCGAGUGCUGAUAAACUAGUCGUGGGAGAUCCCAGACCUGAGCCCCCAGUCUCCAACAUGUCCUCGGAGACUCUUGCGCCAACCAGGUGUCACUCUGUUGGAAGCCUCAUGGAGCUUGACAGAUCGACUGAUGACAAACUCAGGGACAUUGUUGAGGGUAUGGAAGAGGAGCGAAGCGCUCCUGGUGAUACCAAACGCAAAUUGGAGCUCACUCCCUCCAUGGAGGAGACUGUAGCUGCUGGUACGAAGAAAAAGGAGAGGUCCAGAAGAAAGGAGAAGGAUGAGGACAGGGAGAGGGAACCCAGGGCCUACAAGUCCUCGUCCAGGCAUCACUCAGCCCCCAUUGGGGCGUCUAUCACUGAGGAACCUAUGGAGGUCGAUCUCAGGGAUCCGGAGUCUGCAGAUGCUCUUCUCGAGAUGCUCAAGGAAGUUCAGGAACAGGAGAGGAGCAAAACUCCUGUUGGCACCGAACCAAACUAUCAAAAUGCUGAAAUUAAGGUAGGAGAGGAGAAGAGUCCAAAAUUGGGGGCUAAGGGUAAACAAAUUGAGAUGGAAACUGCAGCAGCUAAGGGGAUUGUUGAUGGGAAUGGAAAAGAAGCUGGAACAGAAGUACAGGGUUUUUAUUCAAAGGAUAAAUCUCAGAGCGAGGAGAAGAGAGUGAAGACGAAGGCGAGUGAUGAGGAACCCGCGGUGGGACCUGCCAAGCCCACCGAGAGGAGGAGAUCUAAGAUCUUUGAGACUGCUGAGAAGUUCAAUCAAUUGGCUAGUAGUGCUUCCAUGGAACCCGAUAAGGCGAAAAAGAUUUUUAUACCUGGGGUGAAUGUUGGUGGAGCCAAAAGGGCGUUCGAGAGGAAGGCCAGCUUAUCUUCUAUCGCUCCUUCUAGUAUCAAGCAGAAUUCUAAAGUUGCUGAUAUUGAUAAGACGAUGGAGAAGGGGGAGGAGAAAGCUGGAGGGAAUGAGGGGGCAGCUAAGGGAGUGGAGUUGGCUGAAGAGGAGAGAAAACGGGAGGAGGAGAAAAAACGGGCUGUGGAUAUUAUUGCCGGGGCCCUUGGCAAACCCCCAAUAAAGAAAGCCCUGAACGGCUCGCCUCCUCUGACCCCUCAGACUCCAGAUCCAAGAAGAGUUGGACUAAAAAUCCAGGUGGGUCCGAAUGACGUGAGAAAUGCGACAAUCUCAAUAACAACUCCAGUGGACGAAAAAUACCCCGAGUUCGAAGUAACAUCUGGCAAACCAGUGAUGGACCACUCAGUCGUCACGUCUCCAGGAUCAAAGAGCUUGGACACUUCUUUAUCAGAGGAGCCAACGAUGUCCAGCAAAAUAGAGAUAACCCUGAAGAGUGCAACCCUUCCAAGACAGAGGAAAACAAGUAAAGCAGAAAUAGUCCUCUCUGGAUUCAAGCCACCGUACAAAUCUGAAGUUGAGGCCAAGAUUGAUGCCUUCCACCCACAGAAAUUGAGAACUCAGAGGUCAGAAGUGGCAUUCCCAGUGGGUGGGAUUGUCCCACAGGCCAACAGAUCUGCAAGUCUUGAGCCUGAGAACCGAGGAAAACCCAGUAUCAAGGAGAGAAUUAUCCCGAUAUCUGUGGAGCAAGGGCACCAGAGUCCUCCACCUCACGCCAAGCCACCAAUGCCCCAGAGAUCGUUAUCCCAAAAAUCUGGAUCCUUAUCGAGACAGUCGACUGCUGACUCUGACACUGACAGUGCACUGGGCUCCACUGUGGGCCCUGAACCCAUCCGAAAGAGCCCCAGGGAGUACAUCAUUCCCAUUGCUGUCGAGGGAGGCGGCUAUGUCACCCCCAGGUCUGGAAGUUUGGAACCCGAAAGCAAAGGGAGCACUCCCACCACUGCUAGUGCACCGAGGUCCAAAUUCGGGAGACCUAGGAGAAUGGGAUCUCUUCUGUCUGAUGCUAGUGAAGAUGAGUCACCUUUCUCAACACUACACAGGGAUAGUGAUGACCUUCUCCAAAGGCACAUGCACCGCCUUAGGAGUUCUCGACCCUCGAAACAGGCCCCAGAACAUGCAGACAGCCUUUCCUCCGGAGAGGAUGACGAUGACGAUGGUUUUGAGUUGCUGACAGCUGAAAAUCUCUUCUCAACUCUGUUGUCAAGGGUCAGAAGUUUAACACAACGUCUGAAUGUCGAUGAUAAUAGAGGGACAGGCUUCCCCAGGAGUAGAUUGCUCGAGAGAUUGGGGUCGAACUCCUCUCAAGGUUUUUGGGGAAUGCACGAGCCACUUUCAAGGCGGAUGGCAGAAACCCCAUUCAGACGUUCCAUGAGUCGGGACACAGAUAGAUUUGGUAGAAAGGACUCAGCGAUGUCGUCGAAUCCAGCGACUCCUAACAGUCUAGGAAGGAGUACACCUUCCCGGGAGAGUAUGUUCGAUGCUGGAUCCUCCAACACCCUCCCCAGAGAUAAAAACGACGACUCGGAGUUGGACUUGAAAAUGAUAAAAGAACUGCAAGAAGAGCAGGACGAGGACAAGAAGUUUACGCCUUGUCUGGCGCGAAGAUUAUCCCGACAGUUCAUCGAGAAGACUCGUCUCUCGUUACCGAGAUCUCCAUCGAUUCCACGGGAACGAUUACUUCGUUCAUCGACAGAGGAGCCCCUCAGUCUGACGGACCUGGAGCUGUCGAUGCCCUCCUACAGGAGUAGAUCGAGUGACAGGAGUCUGCGGAGAACAGGAAGCCUCCUAGAAUCAUCUGAAAAACCAGAUAGAGCCACCAGACGUAGUGUCAGCCUCUUCGAGGACAACGACGAUCCCCUCCCACCCCUUCCCCGUCAGGUGAUGACUCUGGGGCGAAAGUACAGGGAUCAGGCGAAAUCUCCGAGCAAUGGAAUCCGCAGGGACUCAUUCCAGACGCAGAAGAUCCAGGAAGAGCCCACGGACCUGUUAAUAAGCCCGAAAAAAAAAGAUUCCUCAGAGCAGGGGCUCUUCAUCUCCGAGGGCACCUCCACAAACCUGGGAGAUACUCCCAGCACCUCCAAGUCCGGAGAGACAUCUCCUACAGACUCAUCAUCGAGGACUCAAGAGGACUCCUUCAGCUCCUUCAAAGCUCACGCCAAAGAAUUCGAGAGCAGACUGCUAGCUGCUGAGAAUCUCAUUAAAGAAUCCAAACUCAGGAACCUGGGGAUCACAAAAUUCGAUCCCAAUCUGUCUUCAAGUUAUAGAGAUACUGACAAGUGUGAUAAGGAGCUGCUGGGAUCGAUGAGUGACUUGACGAGUUCGGUUUUAUCCAAGAGAAGAAGCUGCAUUCCCAGUCUGAGGUUGAGAUCAGGAUCUCUGACAAGAGAAGCGUCUACCGGGAGAGAGAGGAGGGAGACCCUCGAUGAUACCAGUCUGAGGUCAUCAACCCCAGAGAGAUCACUUCUCAGUAAAUUCUUCAGGAGUUCCAGCACCACGAGAGAGGCGGAUACCAAGGACAAGUCACCGAAGACCAGGAGGAAGAUAUCAAGGUUCUUGAGGCCUGAUUUCUUCGACACACCCAGGGAAGAGAGUCAGUACGUCAAGGAGAAGGAGGCGCAGAAGGCGGCGGAGAAUGAGAGGAGGAAGUCCAGGUUCAUAAGAAGAAAAAUCGUGGCAGAGGGGAAUAACUUGGAUCAGGAGAAGAAUGAGAAGCAGGAGAAGGAGCUGAAGAACCAAGCUAAUACCCUGACGAGGGAGAUCGACGAGAAGAUUUCGAAGAAUAAUAAAAUCGAGGGCGAGUCCAGGGAUGCUGAGGUAAAGAGUGAGCGGCAGAGCCCGAAGAAUUCCUUUCUCCAGAGCCUUGAGAGGAAACUGGAGAGAUUGAGAUCGAGUGACGAGACGAAGAUGACGAAUGGCAGUCCUCAGAAGGAGAUCAUGGAAAAUCUGACAGCUGCGGAGGGCAACCUUUCGAGUCCUGGGGAAUUGAGGAAAGCAGCUAGUGCUGAGGAUCUCCCUGCUGAGGAGCCCCAGAGUUCACCUGUCGCCCCAACUAAAUCCAAAGUUUCCUCGGUUCUCGGAUUAUUCAAAAAUGAUUCAAAAUCCUCUGUCAACGGCAACAAACAGCAGAACACACUCCUCAGCAAAUUCCGGAAGAAUACUUACAAGGGAUCGAGAUCAGACACCAGUGUCAUUGCCGGAGAGACUCCUGGUGGCAGUAAAAUUCCAAUGAAAUCCAAACUUGAGAGUAAAACUCCCCCGAAGCUAGCGAAAACUCAUUUAGAGAGGAAAAAAUCGGCUGAUAAGAUAAGUGAGUCUAAGAAAUCACCACCGAAGGAGAAGAGUAAAGAGAAGUCACCGCCCAAGGACAAAGCCAAGGAAAAAACACCUUCGGAGAGAUCCAGCGUCGAGCGUAAACCAAUAUCUGAUAAAUCAGCGAUAAAAUCCCCAAAAAAACUGAGUCCUGAAAAAUCUAUCGAUUCUAAAUCCGAUAAAUCCGAUAAAUCCCUCUCAGAAUCUCGAAAGUCGGUCGAUAAACUCGACAACAAAACCACCGUUCGUCUAUCCUCUCCGAAGAAGAUCUCUCCAGAUAAAGCCCUUGAUAAUAAAAAAUCAGAGGGAAAAAUAUCGGAGGACGGAAAACCUGUAGUAAAGAAGAAAGUAGGAAAGUCCCUGACGGCAGGGCUGUCGAAAAACGGUUCCGUUUCCAGACUCGACAAGCCCGAGGAAGAAAAAAUCAAGAAGGUAAUAGUCAAGAAAGAAAUUGUUGAGAGAGAGGGGGAGGAUGGCACCAAGAAGAGGAUCAUUCGCGUGGUUAAGAAAGUAGUUAAAAAAUCAGAGAUUUCGGAUAAAAAAUCCGAUGAUAAGACCAAAGAUAAACCAUUGAGGUCAUUGUCCCUGAAGAAGAUUGGGUUGAAGAAGGAGAAGAGUCCGGAGACUGUUCUGAACAAAUCCGAGACUCCAGAUGAAUCCAGCAAGGAGCUGCCUCCGAAGAAAACCAAUUGCGUCGGAAAUUAUGAAGAGAGUCCUGAGAAAAACAGAAUUAAACCAGAAAUUGGAUCAGAAGAAAUUAGAGGGGAUAGUCCUCCAAGUGUAGGAAAAAGGGCGCCGAGUCAUUCAUUGGUAACAGAUUGUCAAGAAAUAGGGAAUUCCGUGAAGGUCCCAGGCAAAAUUGAAGAAAUAAUUAGCCAGGGGACAUCCCCUGUGCUCACUGCAAGUGAGUCGUCCUCCCGCCAGGAUUCAGUGGAUGUAAAGUCUCGGGUGAACCGAGGUAAUUUGAAGCUGGAUCUCUCGAAAGUGCCUCAGCACAGUUUCAAGCCGCCAUCAGGCUUGAAAAGAGAAUCGCCACCCGGUAUUCACCAGGUGAAUCCACCAGACCAGACCAGAACAGAGAGCCGAGGAGAAAACAGAACGAUCACUCCCUCGUAUUCCCUGAAUGAGAGAGGAAGGGAAGUGGUCUCAGAGCUGCCAAAGAUCCUUAAUCCCCAGUCUGAUAUCGAAGUGCCUUCAGGGGGAGAUCUGUCAAGACCUAGAACAGCUCUCCUUCGUCCUAAAGCCUCGUCGGAGGUCUCGGAGGAACUCCUGUCACCCACAGAUGACUGCGAGAGCUUCGACUCCUGGUCGAUCUGCUCCAACGACUUGAACCGGUGCUCAUCGGACUUCCAUUCACCCACGUCACCCACGUAUUGUCCCCCAGGUCGUGACCACUCGGAGUCGAUUAUCGAUAGGAUCCGGAGAAAGAGCUUUUACUCGAGGUUCAACGAGAGAAAGAGGAAAAGCUCGUUGACAGCCUCUCCCUCCAGUAUAUCCAGUAGUCCUUUACCGACUUCAUCGACUCUACCCAGAAAAUUCAGUUUCAACAGCUCCAGGGACCGAUUGAGACACUCCGAGAGACCCGUGACUUUGUAUAAUGACGAUCACUUGAGAUUCCGCAAGUCCCCCAUCGAGAGGGACAGGUAUUCAGACGUUGGGGCUUACUCUGGAGAUUUUGAACACCUCAGGAGAUACAGAAUAUCUCCCACACCUGAUCCAGCUCACAGGAAGUACCAGAGCUCUGAUCUCAGCUUUGAGCAUGACCUCGGGAUGUACAAGAGCUCCUUCCCUUCGUCAACUUUGAGCGAUCCUGUUUCCGACUACAGGGUCUUGGGCUCUCUGGGGAGAAAAUAUGGCUCUCUGGGGGGUGGCAUUGAGCCCAAAACUGCUGAGUAUUAUGAGGAACUCCUGGCACCUACCAGAAUGGAGUACCUCACGAGAAGGACUCCUGUUCCUGGAGAGGGCAAGGGCGAGAAUGGAUAUGUCAAUGGACAUGCGGAGGACGUCGGGGAAAAGUGGAGGAAUUUCCCGGAAAAAGGAGCACUCGAUUCAACCGAUGAGAGUGACAGGAGCAUUGGGGAUGAUGGGAGGAGACACAGUAAGACAACAAACGAAGUGAAAGAGCUGUCAGCUGCUUGUCCAGAUGCCGAAGCAACUGCAUCAAUCGUCGAGUGAUCUGAGUCAACAAAUUUCAUGAUAAAUUAACAACAAUGUGCCAAAGAUCAUCGUAUAUCUGCAGCUAUCUUCACGAAGAGAACAACGAAACUGACCAAAGAAUGCUUAAUGCUUAAUUGUAACUCAAUCGUUAAAAUAUGAAUUUUCUACGUACUUAUAACGAUAGGUUUAAGAAGUGGUUUAGAAUUUUACGGGAUUUGUUGGAAAUAUGGACUUGUGAGAUUUUAGUCAGGCUUCCCAGAGGCUAUUCUUUUUUUUAUAUAAUAAGAAUCAAUUUGGAAUUCAGAUGGGCUGUACCCAGUGGUUUUCUCACGAUGAGAAAAUCAUCCACUGAGGAAUGCUUUUAAAUUUUUAAUUCAUGUCAUGAAGUUUUUUGUUUUCACGAAUUUCUUCGUGGGGAAUAUUUAGUUAUUUUCAAUGCAUUUCUCGUCUUCUAGAGCGUGUUUCUAUGAAUUUUAUAUAAAAAAUUAUUUUAAUUGGUUCUCUUAAUGAUUUUUGAGGAUUUUGUCUCAGCUUCCUUGUGUCAUCUAGUCGCAUUUUAUUUCGUACUUUGUCGUUGGCUCUGAUUAUUUAUCGGUGGAUAAAUAUUUUUAUUGUGUAGCCACAUGUGAUUUUUAAAUGGAGAGCGAAAUUAAUAGAUAAUAAUGAGCCUAGAAUCAUAAUUUUCGAUAGUCAGUGGUGCCUUCCGCAGAGUUAUUGGGUUUGUUACGGAAUUCAUCAUUAAUUAGCCACAGGAAAAAUAAUUAGACCUUAGAAAAUUCCCUAAUUUACUAGAAUAAUUAUCAUUCACGUUCGAGUCAGAGGAAUUUUUCGUUGCGAUACUUAAAUGAGAACCCAACUCUUUGAUAGUAGUCGAUCAGUCUUCUGUAGUAGUACCUGGCAACUUAUUACAGGUGCGAGGAACAGGUUUAAUGAAAAUUAUGAAUUUUGUUUCUUCAGAUUGUCUUAUAAAAUAUCUUCGAAUGUUACAUGUGUUUUCUAUUCAUAAUAUACAUAUUUUGCAAUAAAUCAUGAGAAUUUACAGUGA